AGCUACAGCAGUCGCUGCAAAGCUCCAUGUCACUGACUGGUUUAGCAACAUUCCUCAGCAGCCAUGUCCACAAAAGAAUCAAAGCCAAAUCUCAGCCAUUCGCAGGUUACACACGUCGUUAAGCGUCUCUAUGGGUUGACCGCAUCUGUCGUUCGGCCGUUGCCCAGUUAUGAUGAUCAAAACUUCUACGUGGCACCCAGCGAGGGUGGGGAAUUUGUUUUAAAAGUCAUGAACUCUGCAGACAGCGAGAACGUCGCUGUUAUUGAGCUGCAGACUCAAUCUAUGAACUUUCUACACCAAAGAGGCCUUCCUGCGCAGACCGCUUUACCCACACUGACUGGACAACUGAUGAGCUUGGAGGAAUUUGAUUGUGGAUUUGGCACACAGACAUAUUUGAUCCGCUUGCUUACAUACCUGCCUGGCACUACCAUAGCCAAAAUCACCUGCAGUCCUCAAAUCUUGUAUGAUGUUGGGAAAAUGGCCGCCACAUUGGAUACAGUUUUACUGCAAAUGGAGCAUCCAAACACAAGUGUCCUUCAGAGAGAACGUUUCAUAUGGAAACUCACCAGCAUUCCACUCCUAAACCAGUAUGUUCAUGUGAUGGAUGGGGAUCCCGUGCAGAAGAUCGUGAAAGGCGUUGUAGAGAAGUACCAGGUCCAGGUCAUGCCAAAACUACCACUGUUUCGCGAGUGUAUCAACCACGGAGAUUUCAAUGACCACAACCUCAUAGUGAAACCUGACGGACCCUCAAAAUACAAGAUCUCUGGCAUUCUUGAUUUUGCAGACAUGAGCUGUGGGUAUUUCAUUUUCGAGCUGGCCAUCACCAUCAUGUACAUGAUGAUUGAGAGUCCCACUCCGCUAGAUGUUGGAGGGCCGGUGGUGGCGGGAUGGGAAAGUGUUUUCCCACUCAAUGAGGCAGAAAGAGACUCGCUCUACUGGCUGGUCAUGUGUCGGUUCUGCCAGUCUCUGGUUCUGGCCCGUUAUACUGUGAUCCAGCAGCCGGAGAAUGAGGAGUAUUUGAUGAUCACCUCCAGGAAAGGUCUGAGGCACCUCAGCCGUCUUUGGGAGCUGGGUAAAGAUGAAGUGGAAAGAAGAUGGUUUCAGAGUGCACAGCAGUUCAGACAAAUUUGACUGAACACUAAAGCUUUUAAAAUAUACAUGAGGGAUGCAGUAAUGCAGGUUGCUCAAGGUUCGGUUGGUAUCACGGUUUUAGGGUCACGGGUUUGGUAUGGUUCGAUAUAUCAUUCAUUCAGCCUCCUUUGACUUAGUCCCUUAUUUA